AUGACGGUCAUGGAGAUAAUACAGACGAGCUCCACUCUCAUGCUCGACGCUGUCACGGAACUCUACUCUGCCAUUCUUCGUCGUCCGGCCCUGGCCACGACUAUUGCCCUCAAUCUCUUCGGUCUCCUUCUGCACCGCUACCUGAAUAGUCCUUGGAGAAAGCUUCCCCCGGGACCCACCGGUUAUCCUCUCCUGGGUAGUGCGCCCAAGCUCCUCGAUGCGUCUUGGUUAUACAACGAAUGUCCCAAACUCGGGGAAAUUGUUUACCUCAACGCUGCCGGGCAACCUAUGUUCAUCUUGAACUCCCAGAAGGCUGCAGCGGAGCUUCUUGACCGGCGUGCAGCAGUAUACUCCGGCCGUCCGCGCCUCAUUGUAGGCCAUGAGCUCAUGUGUGGCGGACUAUUCUUCGCAUUUGAGCCGCAUAACGAUCGGUGGCGUCGACAGCGGCGCGUUGUGCACGAAGGGUUCAACAAGUCCGCCGCAAGUCGCUUCCAUAGCGCCGAGGUCGAGGACGUUAUCCGCCUAGCUACUUCGCUCAUACAGAAUCCGUCCGCGUUCCGAUCGCUUUAUCAUACCUACGCGUGCUCGGUUGUGCUGUCUGUCACCUACGACCGGCCGUUACGCGGAGGUCCCGGGGACGAGGUGCUACGCACACGAAUAGACGACUUUGUCCAUCUCGAUCAAGCCGCACUUCAGGUUGGGGCACAUUAUGUUGAGCUGAUCCCUUGGAUGGUGUACCUGCCUAGCUGGAUGGCAAAGUGGAAGCGAGACGCGCUGAAGCAGUACGAAGAAACAACGUCUUUCUUCUUCGGCCUCAUGGAUGAUGUAGAGACACGGAUGAAAGAGGGGACAGCGCGGCCUUGCCUCACGACGACUUUGGUUCAGGAGGGCGAGCGAUUCCAAGUCUCGCGACUCGAGGCAGCUUGGUCGGCUGGGGUCAUGUAUUCCGCUGGCUCUGAUACCACCAGUAACGUACUUGACUGGUGGACCCUCGCUAUGGUCGCCUUCCCAGACGCACAGAAGAAAGCACAAGCAGAACUGGAGGCCGUAGUCGGCCGUGGUCCAGCCGUAGACGACGUCGAUUGCGAGAACGAGUGGGCAACGACCGUAGUCGAAAAAAUGAUCAUCUAUUCGUCCAUCUAUUCGUCUCGGCCUACUCAGUCGCUGGAGGACUCAGACAUACGAUCUCCAGUCAUGCAGAACAAAAGGACACUGUGUACAUACGACGCAGGAGAGACUGCAUUCCUGAACUGGAUAGCCUGA